AUGCUACAGAAGUUCAUCAUCUGUAUCCUCUACACCACAGUCAUCUGUAUCCUCUACACCACAGUCAUCUGUAUCCCUGCACCACAGUCAUCUCUAUACCCUGCACCAGUCAUCUGUAUCCCCCGCACCAUAGUCAUCUGUAUCCUCUACACCACAGUCAUCUGUAUCCCUGCACCACAGUCAUCUCUAUACCCUGCACCAGUCAUCUGUAUCCCCCGCACCAUAGUCAUCUAUAUCCCCUGCACCACAGUCAUCUGUAUCCCCUGCACCACAGCCAUCAGUAUUCCCUCCGACAGUCAUCUGUAUCCUCUGCACCAAUCAUCUGUAUCCCCUGCACCAGUCAUCUGUAUCCCCUACACCACAGUCAUCUGUAUCCCCUGCACCAGUCAUCUGUAUCCCUGCACCAAAGUCAUCUGUAUCCCCUGCACCACAGUCAUCUGUAUCCCCUGCACCAGUCAUCUGUAUCCCCUGCACCGAUCAUCUGUAUACCCUGCACCACAGUCAUCUGUAUCCCUGCACCACAGUCAUCUGUAUCCCCUGCACCACAGUCAUCUGUAUCCCCUGCACCAGUCAUCGGUAUCCCCUGCACCACAGUCACAGUCAUCUGUAUCCCCUGCACCAGUUAUCUGUAUCCCCUGCACCAGUCAUCUGUAUCCCCUGCACCAGUCAUCUGUAUCCCCUGCACCACAGUCAUCUGUAUCCCCUGCACCAGUCAUCACUAUCCCUGCACCACAGUCAUCUGUAUCCCCUGCACCACAGUCAUCUGUAUCCCCUGCGACAGUCAUCUGUAUCCCCUGCACCAGUCAUCUGUAUCCCCUGCGACAGUCAUCUGUAUCCCCUGCACCAGUCAUCUGUAUCCCCUGCGACAGUCAUCUGUAUCCCCUGCACCAGUCAUCUGUAUCCCCUGCACCAGUCAUCUGUAUCCCCUGCGACAGUCAUCUGUAUCCCCUGCACCACAGUCAUCUGUAUCCCCUGCGACAGUCAUCUGUAUCCCUGCACCACAGUCAUCUGUAUCCCCUGCGACAGUCAUCUGUAUCCCCUGCACCAGUCAUCUGUAUCCCCUGCACCAGUCAUCUGUAUCCCCUGCACCACAGUCAUCUGUAUCCCCUGCGACAGUCAUCUGUAUCCCCUGCACCACAGUCAUCUGUAUCCCCUGCGGCAGUCAUCUGUAUCCCCUGCACCAGUCAUCUGUAUCCCCUGCACCACAGUCAUCUGUAUCCCCUGCACCAGUCAUCUGUAUCCCCUGCACCAGUCAUCUGUAUCCCCUGCGACAGUCAUCUGUAUCCCCUGCACCACAGUCAUCUGUAUCCCCUGCGACAGUCAUCUGUAUCCCCUGCACCACAGUCAUCUGUAUCCCCUGCGACAGUCAUCUGUAUCCCCUGCACCAGUCAUCUGUAUCCCCUGCACCACAGUCAUCUGUAUCCCCUGCACCACAGUCAUCUGUAUCCCCUGCGGCAGUCAUCUGUAUCCCCUGCACCAGUCAUCUGUAUCCCCUGCACCACAGUCAUCUGUAUCCCCUGCACCAGUCAUCUGUAUCCCCUGCACCAGUCAUCUGUAUCCCCUGCGACAGUCAUCUGUAUCCCCUGCACCACAGUCAUCUGUAUCCCCUGCGACAGUCAUCUGUAUCCCCUGCACCACAGUCAUCUGUAUCCCCUGCACCAGUCACCUGUAUCCCCUGCGACAGUCAUCUGUAUCCCUGCACCACAGUCAUCUGUAUCCCCUGCACCACAGUCAUCUGUAUCCCCUGCACCAGUCAUCUGUAUCCCCUGUGACAGUCAUCUCUAUCCCCUGCAACACAGUCAUCUGUAUCCCCUGCGACAGUCAUCUCUAUCCCCUGCACCACAGUCAUCUGUAUCCCCUGCGACAGUCAUCUGUAUCCCUGCACCACAGUCAUCUGUAUCCCCUGCGACAGUCAUCUGUAUCCCUGCACCACAGUCAUCUGUAUCCCCUGUAUCCCCUGCACCACAGUCAUCUGUAUCCCCUGCACCAGUCAUCUGUAUCCCCUGCGACAGUCAUCUGUAUCCCCUGCACCACAGUCAUCUAUAUCCCUGCACCACAGUCAUCUAUAUCCCUGCACCACAGUCAUCUGUAUCCCCUGCACCACAGUCAUCUGUAUCCCCUGCGACAGUCAUCUGUAUCCCCUGCACCAGUCAUCUGUAUCCCCUGCACCACAGUCAUCUGUAUCCCCUGCGACAGUCAUCUGUAUCCCCUGCACCAGUCAUCUGUAUCCCCUGCACCAGUCAUCUGUAUCCCCUGCACCACAGUAAUCUGUAUCCCCUGCACCAGUCAUCUGUAUCCCCUGCACCACAGUCAUCUGUAUCCCCUGCACCACAGUCAUCUGUAUUCCCUGCACCACAUUAA